UCCUACAGCCCCAACAGCUCCUGGCGCUGCAAAGUCUGCGCCAAGGAGGCCGAGCUGAAGAAGACGACGGGCGACUGGUUCUAUGACCAGAGGGUCAACCGCUUUGCCAACCGGCUGGGCAGUGACAUGGUGCGGCUAUCCCUGCGGCACAGGUCGGCAGCCAGCAAAAGAGAGACCGUAGGACAAACCCUCCUCCAGAAAGCCCAGCUUGGGGAGCCCAAAAGCUCCUCUGCAGCCCGGCAGCAGAGCCCCCCGGCAUCCCAGGAGGGGCCCAGCAUGUUUCUGGAUGCCUCAGACCCUCGGGAUGGUAAAAGUGACACAGAGUCCAUGGAAAACAUGAGCCUGGAUGGCUACAGACCUAGUCCCGGUGGCGUGGGGGGCAGGAGUAACUCCCUGGAGAGAGCCGCCCCUCUCCGAGACGGAAAACAGGUUGCUGCCUCCAGCCUGACCCUCCCGCUCCGCUCCAAAAACACGUUCUCGGAUGGACGGGAUGCCGCAGUGGGGAGCCGCAGCAGCGCCUUGGUGGACGAGAAUGAAACGAUAUUCAAGAAGAACCCCCGGCGGGUGGUGAGGCCUGCAGGUGAGAGCUGCGUGGGUGCAGGGGGGGAGUUUGUUGCUGACAUGGCAGGGGGAGCUGGCUGCCUGGCCGGCCGUGCCCUACCGCUCCCCACGCAGGCGGCUUGUCUCUCCUUGCAGGAGGAGGAGGAGGAGGACAUCGAUAACCUGGUGGAGAUCCAUCGGCAGAGGGUGGCCCGGGGCAGCAUGCGCAGCGGCACCUCCUCGAGCACGCUGGGGAGCAUGGUCAGCAUUUACAGCGAGGCUGGCGACUUCGGCAACGUUGCGGUCACCGGGGGAAUCUCCUUCUCCCUGAGCUACGAGGAGAAGACGCAGACCCUGUUCAUUCACGUGAAGGAGUGUCGCCAGCUGGCCUAUGGGGACGAGGGCAAGAAGCGCUCCAACCCGUACGUGAAGACCUACCUCCUGCCUGACAAAUCCCGGCAAGGGAAACGCAAGACGACCAUCAAACGCAACACCAUCAACCCGCUGUACAACGAGCUGCUGAAGUACGAGAUUAACAAGUCCCUCCUGCGGGCGAGGACGCUGCAGUUCUCAGUCUGGCACCACGAUCGCUUUGGCCGAAACACAUUCCUGGGGGAGGCGGAGGUUCCGCUGGACGCCUGGAACUUCGAGAGCCACUUGGAGGAGUUUCUGCCCCUGCACGGCAAGAUUGGGGCGGAUGCUGCUGGUCUCCACCAGUACAAGGGGGAGCUGGUUGUCUCCAUGAAGUACAUCCCAUCUUCCAAGCAUCCUGGGGCUGGGAACAGCAGGAAGGGCAAAACGGGGGAAGGCGGUGAGCUCCAGGUCUGGAUCAAAGAAGCCAAGAACCUCACGGCUGCGAAAUCCGGGGGGACCUCAGACAGCUUUGUCAAGGGCUACCUCCUGCCGCACAAAAACAAAGCCUCCAAGAGGAAGACGCCUGUGGUGAAGAAGACCCUGAACCCUCAUUACAACCACACCUUUGUCUACAAUGGCAUCAACCCCGAGGACCUGCAGCACAUCUGCCUGGAGCUGACAGUCUGGGACCGGGAGCCACUGUCCAGCAACGACUUCCUCGGGGGGGUCCGUCUUGGGGUGGGCAAUGGCAUGAGCAACGGGCAGGCUGUGGACUGGAUGGACUCCACGGGCGAGGAGCUGAACCUGUGGCAGAAGAUGCGCCAGUACCCAGGCUCAUGGGCGGAGGGGACGCUCCAGCUCCGCUCCACCAUGGCCAAGCUGAGGCCAUAG